AUGGCGACUGAGUUCAAGCUUAAGGGCUUGACGAGCAUUGAUCUCAAGAAUGGACAGUUGCAGGAGGUUGAGGUUGAGGGGAUCGAGGAGGGCAAGGUUCUGCUUGCGAAGGUCAAGGACGAAGUGCAUGCUUUGAGUGCGAAGUGUACGCAUUAUGGCGCUCCGUUGGCGAAGGGUGUCUUGAGUGGUGACGGACGGUUGACAUGCCCUUGGCAUGGCGCUUGCUGGAAUGUAAAGACUGGUGAUAUCGAGGACGCCCCGGCUCCAGACCCUCUCCAGAAGUUCGAAAUCGUCGAGAAAGAUGGCAGCGUGUACAUCAAGGGCGAAGAGGCAGCAAUCAAGGCCAACAGACGUAAUAUGAGCAUCAAGUGUCAGGCCAAGGGCAAUGAUCAAGUCGUCGUGGUCGGCCGCGGUAGCGGUGCGUUUGGUGCAAUAGACGGACUGAGAGCAGGAGGAUACACCGGCUCCAUCAUCAACAUUGCUGAAGAAGAGAGCACUCCAUUCGACAGGACCAAGCUCUCGAAGGCGUUGAUCGGUGAUGUAUCCAAGCUCGAGCUCCGGAGUAAGGACUACUACAAGGAAGGCAGCGUUGAUCUUGUCACCGGCACAGUCAAGUCCGUUGACUUCUAUGGCGGCCAGCUCCAGACACAAGAUGGCAAGGAUUACAGCUUCACCAAGCUCAUCCUCGCUACCGGUGGUACUCCUCGACAAUUACCACUUCCUGGUCUUAAAGGAGAUCUCAAGAACGUCUUCCUCCUGCGAACCGUUUCCCACGUCCAAGAGAUCCUGAAAGCAGCCGGUGAAGAUGGCGGCAAGAAAGUGGUUGUUGUUGGCUCGAGUUUCAUUGGGCUCGAAGUAGGAAACGCUCUCGCCGGUAAGAAACAUGAUGUUUCAAUAAUCGGAAUGGAGGAAGAGCCAAUGGAGCGAGUUAUGGGUAAAAAGGUUGGCGCAAUCUUCCGCAAGCUGCUGGAGAAGAACGGCAUCAAGUUCUAUAUGAGCGCGGAGGUUGACAAGGGUGUUGAGAGCGAGACCAAGUCCGGAUCAAUCGGCAAGGUAACCUUGAAAGACGGCACUGCUCUGGAAGCAGAUCUGGUUAUCGAAGGUGUUGGUGUCCGACCCUCGACGGACUUCCUCAAGGACAACAGCUCGGUCCAGCUCGAAAAGGAUGGCUCAGUAGCUGUGGACGAGUCGUUCACUAUCAAGGGUCUGAAGAACGUCUACGCCAUUGGUGACAUUGCAACAUACCCCUACCACGGACCUGGCGGCAAUGGCAAGCCUGUUCGCAUUGAGCAUUGGAACGUUGCUCAGAACGCCGGCCGAUCCGUUGCCAACUCGAUUAACAACCCGGGCUCGAAGCCCAAGCCAUUCAUUCCAGUCUUCUGGUCUGCCCUUGGUGCUCAGCUGAGAUACUGUGGUCAUACUCCAGAAGGCUUCGACGACGUGAUCAUCCAGGGCAACACGGACGUGAGCGAGGGCAAGCAGAGCUUUGUCGCCUACUAUACAAAAAGCGAGACGGUUGUUGCUGUCGCCAGCAUGAUGAAGGAUCCAUACAUGACUCAAUCGGCAGAGCUCAUGAGGAGAGGAAAGAUGCCGAGCAAGAGCGAGAUCUCGAAGGGAGUGGACAUCUUGGAGAUCUCAGUGCCGGCGGAGGUUAAGAUAUGA